UGAUGUGAAGGUCCACCUUUCUGAUGCUCCAUCCCACUACUCCCAGGACCCACCCAUGCGCUCCAAGGCCAAAAGGCUAUCGAGCAGAGUUGUGAUCAGGACGAGAGUGGGAACUGAACGUCAGUGGACCUGCGGAUACGAAGGACCCAGCACUCGGUGCUGUCACGGAAAUUUGUGGACGUCAUGACAGAAUACAACGAAGCGCAGAUCCUGUUUCGGGAGCGAAGCAAAGGCCGCAUCCAGCGCCAGCUAGAGAUCACUGGGAGGACCACCACAGACGAUGAGCUGGAGGAGAUGCUGGAGAGCGGGAAGCCGUCCAUCUUCAUCUCGGAUAUUAUAUCGGAUUCACAAAUUACUAGGCAAGCUCUCAACGAGAUCGAGUCACGUCACAAAGACAUCAUGAAGCUGGAGAGCAGCAUCCGAGAGCUACACGAGAUGUUCAUGAAUAUGGCCAUGUUUGUGGAGACCCAGGGUGAAAUGGUCAACAACAUCGAGAGAAAUGUGAUGAAUGCUGCCGACUACGUCAAACACGCCAAGGAAGAAACCAAGAAAGCCAUCAAAUAUCAGAGCAAAGCCAGGCGGAGCCACCACUGAGUGACCUCCAGGAACAGAGUGACCAACGGUUUGACUGGAACCAUGGCCCUGACUGUACCAUGAGGAGCAACCAUCGGAGCCUUGGAUUCACUGGCACCUGGAAGAUUGAUCACCAGAGACACAGACAGCCCCAACUACACCAAUCAGAGGAAAAGAUGGCUAGACAAGCCUUACAGCUUUAGUGUUAUUCAAUACAUUCUGACAUAGAGGAAGAUGUGAGCAUAUUCUUCUGUGAGAGGUUACAGGCCAGUGACUGAUGGAUCUCAGUGGAUUCUCC